AAAUCCUCCGCCGCCGCCACUGUCUUUCGCCCACCUCGGGUUCCCCUUCGCACCAACCAGACACCACCUCUCGAUCCCCACCUUCUCCUCAAUUUCAGCGCCACCCUACCAAAUCAUGGCCAAUCAUCGUCCCCGACCACCGAGCACCUCCCACCUCGAGCUCCUCCAAGAUCACAACACCGCCGAAAGCCAGCACUCCACUCGGUCCACCAGCGCAGCAGCGCACCUCACCCCUGCGCCAUGGAGCUCCAAGUUCGUCGGCUCGCCUCUGCUUCGAUCAGGCAGGGAACGGGUCCCUGGCGACCUCCCGUGGCUGGAUCCAGCGCCUCCACCCUCGCCAGCAAACGCGCCAACCAGCCCCGCGCCCGUGCUCCCGCAGCCCUCCUCGUCCAGGAGCUCCACAAGGGGAGGAGCAAUAGCGCCUGGGCGCUCCUCCUCACGAUCCGCCGCCCCGGCGAACCACACCGCCGGACCCGCCAUGGAUGUAGGCGUCAAGCCACCACCGCUUCCAUCGACGCCGGCCAUGGGCGUGCCACGCGCUGGAGUGGAGCUCCGAAGGAGUCCCUCGCUGCCAAUCGCCUCGGAUCCGGCUAGAACAAGCUCGACCCCUUCCCCUGCUUCGCCCCCUCGAUCCCACUGCUGCCUGCUCUGUUUGAUUGAGCAGCGCCAUCGCCGGAGUCCCUCUUCGCCGGGAACCGCCUCCCCGAUCCUCGGGCUGCACGGAUCCGCAGCGUCCACAGUCGGCCUCCUCUCCAGCUUCGCGCCAAGUCCCACGUUGCCGGAGACGUUCCCGCUGCCGUUCGCCUGAACCUGUUGCUGUCGUUGCUCUGCCUGCAGUAACGAGCAGGAGCUCGUUCGCCUGCCUCGCCUCGCUUUGACCACGCUUAGCCCAGCGCGCCUCUAGAUCAGGCCAAGGCCCAGCUCCUCUGCUUCGCUCGCAGCCCAGAUGCCCAGUGCCUCCUCAAGCCCAAUGUGAGCAGCCCAGUCCGCCCAGAUUCAGCCCGUUGACGUUUUUUUCAGGAUCUGUGAAUUUAUCUAUUUUUUCCAGAGAAAACAGAUUUACAAAAAAACCCUUACACAAACAUGCAUAUAAUAACUCACAAUUCGUGCAUCGGAUUAAAAUGAAUUAUAUAUGAAAUAUGCUUAGUUUUUCAUCUAGU